AACGGUUUGCGCGAUAAAACGGAGAACCCAUCUCGCAUCGAGGACUCGGCCGCAUCGCCACUCCUCCGCUCUCUCUUCGCUCCGCCACCGCCACCACCGCCGCCGCGGUCUCUCCUCCCGCCGCUGCGGCUCACGGCUACGCAGCUGCUCCUCCCCUCGCUUCCUUCUCCCGCUCCCUUUUCUGGGGGGAGGCACAACGAUCGACGCCGCGUCCUUCGCCCCGCGAUGUCCGGCCGGAGCUCGCCGAUGUACGAGGGGCUCGCGGCGCGUCCCGACGAGUGGGACGUCGUCCUCAAGGUGAAAUAUGGUGAAACUCUCAAGAGGUUCAAUGGGUAUGUGCAAGGACCACAAUUCAGUCUGAACUUAUCUGCUCUCCGGUCCAAGAUUGCAUCUGCUUUUAAGUUUGAUCCUAAUAUCGACUUUAUUCUGACUUAUACUGAUGAGGAUGGGGAUAUUGUCAUGCUGGAUGAUGAUGACGACCUGCAUGAUGCUGCUAUUCAUCAGAAACUGAAUCCUCUCAGGAUUAAUGUUCAGUUAAACAGCAGCCACACUGCAGCACCUCAGGCCAAACAACAGGAUUCAAAUAAUACACCCCUGAGACCCACCACUAUCGAAGACCCACUAACUCAGAUUAAAUCUGUUAUUGAAGAGGUUCUGAAGCCCAUAUCUUAUCCGUUGAGGUCCACUGCACAGGAAGAUAGGCUGUCUCAGGUAAAAUCAGCUAUUGAUGAAGCUAUAAAGUCUAUCCAGGAGCCAGUUCCUGAUGCACUUGCGAAGCUGUCCCAUGAAGUACUUGAAGCCGCGCCACCACAUAUCGCUGAGCUAAUAAAACCUUUUGUUAAACUGGUCACACCAAGCAACAACCAACCUUCUAAUGGGCGUACGGAUGGUUCCAGCAGCUCAACUGGUUUGCCCCAAACACAGGCUGAUCUCAAAACUAAUGAAGAGCCCAAAAUUGACACAAGUUUGGUGUCAGGACCCUUGGACAAGCAGAACUCUAAAUCAUCAGGUGCUCGAGGUCUUAAGACUGUGCCGGUUGAGGCUCCUGCUACGUUGAAUGUUAAAUCUUCUCAGGGUCGACAGUCAUCACUAUACCCUUCCAUUGAGGAGUUGUUGUUCUCUACCAAUUUAACCAACUCAGCUGAGGACAAAUCAAUCAGCAAGGGAAUUAAUGAUGCACAAAGCAAGGGAAAAUCUGUUAUGACCUCUGAUACACCACCUGCCCCUCCUGCUCCAGUUUUCCGUCCAGCUCCUCCUAUUCAAUCUCCGAAUGGUUGGUCUCAGCUACCAGCACGUGGAUCAACAUUUCACCCAUCUAUUUGGCAGUCUGAAGCUGAUUCAAAAGCCAACAGUGAUUCCAGAUGGCGUCUUCCAUUGUACAGAGCUGGCACAUUCCGGCCCCAUACUCCCUUGAGCCAUGUACCACCACAGGUGCCCCCCGCACCCAUGAGCUAUGGACAUUCUCCACAUUUUCCUUACCCUGGCCGCCUCUUGUCUUCUAACCAUCUGCACGGAGACCUUGCUAAUAAGACUGAGAGCUCACCAGUAUGCACAUUCCAUAGAUGGAUUCAGUGUGAUGGUUGUGGAGUGCAGCCAAUUCCUGGGCCACGAUACAAGUCUAAAACAAAAGAAGAUUAUGAUUUGUGUGGUGCCUGCUUUCAUCGGAUGGGUAAUGAAGUCGAGUACACCAGGAUUGACAAGCCACUCCUACCCCAGAGAUUAGUGGGAGACUCUACAUUGUGCCGCAAGAUCCAUUCACGGGCUGCCAUGAAGUCAAAGCGUGAGAAACUUGAAAGUCGCUUCAUUUUGGAUGUAACUGUGCUGGAUGGAACUCUGAUGGCACCUUCAACUCCAUUUACUAAAAUUUGGCGCAUGCAUAACAAUGGGUCUAUCACGUGGCCCCUGGGCACACAGCUUAUCUGGGUUGGUGGAGAUCAGUUUGCACUGCAGACCUCUGUUCCAUUAGAGAUUCCAGUGAAUGGGUUCCCUGUUGAUCAGGAGAUUGAUGUCGCUGUUGAUUUCGUGGCACCUGGGAGGCCUGGGAGGUAUAUAUCUUACUGGAGACUAGCAUCACCUUCUGGCCAGAAAUUUGGUCAGCGUGUUUGGGUUCACAUCCAGGUGGAGGAUCCUUCUUUUGUCAGUAACAAUAGGACUGCCGCUAUAAACUUGAAUCUACCCCCAGAAAGCAACAACACGAACACAAAUUUGAUUGAUGUCAACAUUGAGCCUGUGGAUCAAGUCUUCGGCCAACAUGUCAACAGCAGAACCAAGGAAUUACUUGAACAGUUGAUACACCGUGAAAUUGAUGAGCCCGAGAAUCCUGAGCCUGCUCCAUUGCCUGUGCCCCUUGUUUCUUCCACAGCUUCUCUUCACCCCAUCAUUGAUGUUGAUGUUCCCUCCAGUUCAACUCCGGCUGCUUUUGUGCCUGACGCUGUUGUGCCUCCGCCUGAACCUGCUGUGUCUCCUGUGCCUCCAACUGUUAAUGUGCCUCCUGGUAAUGCACCUGCGUCUGCUGGUGCAUCAACAUCUGAUCAUUAUGGCAUCAACAACCUCACAGAAGAGAAGCUGCUGAAGGAACUUGAGGAGAUGGGUUUUAGGCAAGUCGAUCUGAACAAGGAGAUACUCAGGCAGAACAAGUACAACCUGGAGCAGUCUGUCGAUGAUCUGUGUGGCGUCAGCGAAUGGGAUCCCCUCCUCGCAGAGUUGCAGGAGAUGGGCUUUGAUGACUCGGAGAUAAACAAGGAGGUGCUCGCAAAGAAUGGAGGAAGCAUCAAGCGAGCUGUGAUGGACCUCAUCGCUAGGGAGAAGAAGGACCAGUGAAGAUCGCGUGCUCUUGAGCACAUCCUUAUCUAGAACUUUUAUUAUAUGUCUGCGUAAAUAAUGAGACGAGGUGUACUGUCUCAGCUUGCUUGCUUAUGAACUGCAGACCUGGUGUUGUGCGAUUUGGUAUAUUUGUCGCCGAUGUGCUAUGUGCGCGUGCGCGCCUGCGAUAAAGCGGUUACCUUGUCAGGUAAACUGCGUUACUAUGGGCUUAGCAGCUCGAUGCCCCUAUAUACGGCUAUGACUGGAACCUGAUAGUUUAAUAUAAUGUUUGCGUA